GGAAGCCCCAUAAUCAGUAUGAAAAUACACAAAAAGUGUAAUAAAUUAGAAAGAAAAACUUUUAAAUUCAAGAUUUCUUGGAAGAACAAAAAAAGAUUAAGCAGUGGAGAAAACAUUUAUAGACAGAAUUAGCAGUCAGAUUGGGGAAUGACAACUGAUACAGAGAAAUUUUAAACAAUUAUAGAAGUGUUCUUUGUUCAUCUCUGCAAAAAUUUUUCACAAACCUGGAUAAUUAUUUUUUAAAUAGCCUAAAUUAACCCCAGCAGAGAUAGAAAAAAAAUUAUAAAUAGGAUAUUUACCACAGAAGAAAUUAAGGAAGUUGAAGAAUGGUCCUGAGAGUUCAAUAUGUAGAAUUAUUUCAAAUCUUGAAGAGAAGAUUUUUCUUUUUAAUUCCAAUUUAGCAUAAACUUUCCAGAUUACCUAUAGAAGAAAACCAAGAAUUUUUUUAAAGUCAGUGUACUAACACUGCUGUAUCCUGUAAAGCACACAGAAAAAUUCUAUAGACAAUUGGUGUAUCUAAACAACACAAAGAUGGCUUAACAUUAGGAAAUGUUAUAUGUGAACGUGGUAAACACUGAUUACCCUUAAGGGAAAAAUAUCACCUUAGCAGAUAUUGAAAUGGGUAUUUAAUAAAAUUCUAUAUACAUUAAUGCUUAAAAAACAAAAAUGUUUAGUAACAGUGGAAAUAGUUGGAUAUUUACUAAUGGUAUAAAACUUAGAAGCAUUUCUGUUAAAGCACUGGUCCCUAACCUUUUGGAAACCAGGGACCAGUUUUGUGGAAGACAAAAACCAGGGGUUGAGCAGUGGAUAUGGUUCAAAUGGUAAUGCAAGUGAUGAACCAGUGCUAGUCUAUGGCCCAGCACCUUGUAUUAAAGGAAAAGACAGGCAUUCCCACUAUCACUGAUACUGUUAAAUGGCCUAUAAAUGUAGGUCAGUGCAAUUAAAUAAAAAAAGCAUAAAUAUUAGAAAAGGAUAGGUCUUGUCCUCCCCCCCCCCACCCCCGCCAUGCCAUACUCAUACAGUUGGUGGUGGGGUAGAAGGGGAGUGACAAUUAAAAUCAGUGAAAAUUAAACAGAAAAAAUUAUGCAGAGCCUGGUUGUUAUAUUCAAAAGAAACACUAGCUUAGCACGCUAAGCAGCGCGUGUGUCGGGGCGGGAGGGACGGCGCAUGUGCGAGCGUACAACUCUGGGCACGUACUAGACUGUGGGCACGUAAGACUGUGGGGGCGCCUCAGCUUAGAAGCGCAUGUGCGAGGUGCAUAAAAGCGCAUGCGUGCUGCCCACCUAGGAGCAUUUGCGCCUCUUCCGCGUCGUGCUCCACAACGGCGAACACCUUCGUGUGAAGCUCGCGGUUUUCUCCUUUCGGCUUUUUUUUUCCGCGGCCUUUUGGUCACCUAUCCGCUGAUUAGUAGCCUCUGAAGAGCCCUCAGCCAUGGACUGCCACGAGUCAUUCUACACCAUAGACGACCUGGAGUUGUAUCCAGAGAUUGUGGGGCUCCAGCAAGUGCAGGUGGAGCCCGCCACUGAGGGGAUCCCUCAUGAGGAGACCGCCACUGAGGAGACAGUCUCUGUGGAGACCAUGGGGAUGGAGGCGACCAAGGAAUACGAGGAUGUCACCGGCAAUUGGUUCCACGGUGGCCACCACUAUCCACCUCUGAUUGCGCUGCAGCCUCUUUUUAUAAGCAGCCCAACCCAAGGGAACCACGACCAAGGAAUGAUAAUGGUGCAGACACAGGAGGAGGUGGUGACCAGCUCCGAGCCCGAAAGCCUUCAGGCCAGCGACCAGAUUGUCAUCCCAGGCCUCGACGUCGACUACUUCCAGGAGACCUUGGCUUCUCUGUCAGGCUCCACAUCUUCCUCAGCCUACAACCACACCCGGCCACCCAGCGGCCAUGGCAAGAAACCCGACGGUAAGAGCGGUUACCCGGGCGGUGAGGCGAUGGCGGGAAGCAGCUCUGAGGCAGGCCAAAAGAAGCGGGGGCAGAAGCAGAUGCAGGUCCAAACCCUAGAGGGUCAGUUUUCUGUCACUAUGUGGUCCGCAACCAAUAAGAAGGACCCUGAGACUGGACAGACUGAGAACUCAGUUCCUGAUUAUUCAGAGUACUUGAUGGGUAAGAAGCUGCCCCCUGGAGGAAUUCCUGGCAUUGAUCUCUCAGACCCCAAACAACUGGCCGAAUUUACUAAAAUGAGACCUAAAAAACCCAAAGAUGAUGUGCCGAGAACAGUAGCUUGCCCUAACGCAGGCUGCUUUAAGAUGUUCAGAGAUAACGCCGCUUUGAGAAAACAUAUGCACACCCAUGGUCCCAGAGUUCACGUCUGUGCGGAAUGUGGCAAAGCUUUUGUUGAGGGCUCCAAAUUGAAGCGCCAUCAACUGGUGCAUACCGGAGAGAAGCCGUUUCAGUGCACCUUUGAAGGCUGCGGAAAACGCUUUUCCCUGGAUUUCAACCUGCGCACACACCUGCGAAUCCAUACCGGAGAUAAGCCCUACGUGUGCCCUUUCGAUUGUUGUAAUAAAAGGUUUUCUCAGUCAACUAACCUGAAAUCUCAUAUCUUAACACAUGUUAAGAAUAAGAAUAACCAGUAAAAAAAAAGGGAAGACUCUUCUCAGGCUCAGAAAGCAUCUUCCAGUUGUGUAAUUGAAAAUGAAUGUGCCUCUCUUUCGUAUAAGAAACUUUCUAGAAAAUAAUUUUGUAACUGACUCCAGUAUAUCUUAAGGGUUAAGUUUUGUUAGAUUUAGUAAAAAGAAAAUUAAAAGAUUUAAAAAAAAAGACCAAAAAAAAAGACAAAAGCAAAAAAAGACCAAAAAAAGUAGUUUUUCAUAGAACACUGUUAAUAAGUUUUGUCUUGUUCUGUAGUUUCGUCUUGUUCUGGAAUACCAUUUGAAAAAUACGAUUUUGUAAUGCUUGCUCAUGAAUCUCACAUCAAAAGACUGAUCUUUAAAAAAAAAAAAGACUGUUCUUUAUCCAACUAUGAUAAAAAUGGGACUUUUCACAUUCCUUUAAAAGUGAAGUUUUGCCUAUUGUUUCAAUUUUUGAAGUUCUGUAUUUUCUAAAUGUUCAUGUUUAUACUUUGAAGACUAUGUUUAGUAGUUCUAAAAAAAAAAUAUGCUUAGUAGUUCUGUGUAUGGUUUUUCUGAAAGUAGAUAACUUUGCUUGCAGGUUUUCUUUAAAAGAGUGAACAUGUAUAUAUAACGUUUUACUGUUUAAAAAACUUAUAUAGGUUUUGUUUGCUAUCUUAAUUUUGUUUGUAUUCUUUGACAUUAGUACAUUUUACAUAACAGUGUUUUAACUGCGUUGAAUUAGUAGUUUUGAAUAGUAGAUAAGUUGUAGUAGUUGAUUUAAACCUGUUUAGUCUUUUUGCUUCUCCCCCAUCCCCAAAUACUGCAAGGUGCUGUUGUUUAGUCCUUUCUUUGCCUGUUCAGUUAGGGAGUGGUGCUCAGCUGUGGAAUAUAUUGUGUGUGUAUUGCCUUUUAACAUUUGGUACGUAAAUCCUUUAUAAUAGACAAAUCAAAAAAUAAAACACCUGUUCUAAAGAAAAAAACUUGUCUUUAUAAAUAUUGUAGCUAGAAAAUAGAGAAAAUGGGGAAGGUGCUAGUGGCAUCUGGUGGGUGGGUAGAGGCCAGGGUUGCUGCUAAACAUUUUACAAUGCACAGGUCAUUCCCCCACAACAGAGAAUUAUCUGGCCCAAAGUGCCAGUAGUGCCACUGUUGAGAAACCUUGCUCCAGAGAAAGUAGAAACGGUGACAAAAAUUCAUUUGGUGCACUGAAAAGCAAAUCAUUAAUGAACAAGAGGUUGUUUAAAUAAAGGAAAUAAAGGUACCCACAUUGCAACUUAGCCAUCACUGGCCAGUCUGAAAUCUAGCAGGGUGGUCUGGUACCAGCUGCAUCCCUGAUAAGAGAUAGGAGGCUCCCCAGAAGGUCAAAGAAUCAGUGCUGCUGUGUGCCCAUCUGAGUGUUGCUUGGAUGAGAAGAGCCAGGGUUGUAUGGUGGGGUCAUCCUGAUAAAUAAGAGGUAGGGUACAACAUUUAGGCAGUUCUGUUGAACUGUAACAUUGUGAGGAGAAAGCUGAAUAUAGCACAUGGUAGUGGUGGCCAAUCUAAUCAGUGGGGAUGGAUUUUGUGAAAUUGUUGUGGGACUAGCAACAGGGUGUGGGGUGGUGGGAGGGGUGGAAUAGCUGUUAUUCCUAAAUUAGUUUCACUAGAGUAAAUUCCAGUGGGUCGAAGAAUCAGAGGGGUUUUUUUUUUUUUUUUUUGGUCUUAAUUUUGUUUUUUAAAUGAUGUUAUGAAAGCAGUACAAGAGAUCACAGAUAUUCUACAAUCUUGAACUGGGAAAAACUUAAUACAAAGGAGCCAUUUGACCACACCAAAAUUUAAAAUAUAUGCAUAAGCAAAACUAUAUAGCUAAACAAACUGGAGGAAAUGAUCAAAAUACCUCAUAUAGAAGACCAAAAUUCCUCAAUGUAUGUAUUACAAAUAAUAAUACAUAUAAAUUAGUUUUUAAAAAAUUCAAAAAAUGCAAACUGACAAUGGAUAAAAAUAAGCAAUUCUCAGACAAAAAUAUAACCAUUUAA